AUGAGUACCGACGCCGCCUUGGGUUUCGAUUCGUUCCGCUCGCUACUGUCGGCGAGGGCUGCAGCGUUAUUCGACCCCUGGUGGUCAAGCAUUCUCUGCAAUAGGCGGGGCGGUGGUGCCAAUGGCGAGUCGAAGCUGGCCAUGGUGCUCAAGACCGAACUCCCAAAGGGCCCCCCAACAGCGCGAACGGAGCACGUCGUUAUCUGA